UUUAGAAACUAAUCUGCAUUUCUCAGUUCGGAACAAUUUUUAGGCAUUACUAGAUUAGAGAGUUUGUUUUGGUAAUGAAAAAUAUUUUGCAAUAAUGGACUGUAGACGAUUUAGCUACGGAGGUGGUGAUGUGGACUUCCAAAGGCUUGCAAGGCAUCAAAUGAUUGAUUAUUACAACUUGCCACUGGUAGGAGGAAUACAUGCUACUCUUGCAUAUCCUGAACUUCAAGAGCAAGUGCAGCAACGGUUUCAGGAAGAUGUACAGAUGUGCCACGCACGCCUUAGACGUCAAUUUGUAAUUCCAGAUUCAGCGUUCGACAUUUUCUUCCAGUAUUUGAAGACUGGCACUAAUAUUAUUGCUUUUGAAACAUUUACAUUUAAAAUGGAUUACAGUCGCGACAACAGACAAAAGCAACUAUUGUUCCAGAGACGAUUAGAUCUAUUUACCAAAGUAUAUUACGGUCGUCGAUUGGUUGAAUUAACAGUCCGCAGCUGGCAACAGUUAAGACGAAAUCAAGUAAAUAACACUUCUUAACUUUACCGGAACUGUAAAUUGGUGUCAGUUAAAUCUUUCAUCUAUAUUAUUGCAUCUCAUAUGUUGAUGAUGUUACCUGAAUCAUUGAAGUCAACGUCACUUACUAACUUUUCUCCAAAUGACUAAAUUGUGCAUGUUUAUCAGUUAAAUGUUAUUCAAAAUUUUGCAUAUAAAUUAUAUAGCUGUUUCCAAAUUACUGUAAAUUAUCUGUAAAUUCAAUUUGUAAUUAAAAUUGAC